AUGACGGGCUUUUCUGUUACAGUUCAGAGCAUCGUCACCCUGGGCGCCGCCUGGGUCGUGUUUGAGCUUCUGAAGGCACUCUAUAAUAUCUCCCCACUUCACCCGCUACACAAGAUUCCGGGUCCGAAACUCGCGGCGGCCUCUUAUCUGCUGGAGUUCUAUCACGAUGUCGUCCUUGGGGGUAGAUACACGCACGCUAUCCAGCAGAUGCAUGAGCAAUACGGUCCCAUAGUUCGCAUCAACCCAAAUGAGACGCACUGUAAUGAUGUUGGCUUCUCGGACGAGAUCUACGCCGUUGGCGGCAGAAAGAGGGACAAGCCCGUCCACCAAAUCAGCGGUUCCGCUGCGGGAGCUGGGAACUCCUUCGGCACCAAAGACCACGACCUGCACCGGACCCGGCGCGGGCCCGUGGCCAAAUUCUUCUCACAGGCCAUGAUCGCCAGGCUGGAAGGAGAGAUCCACGGCAUGGUGCACAGACUGUGCGACAAGCUGCUCGCGGAGGCUGGCAGGAAGGAACCCAUCGAUGUCGCUAUGGCAUACAGCUGUUUCACCUCUGAUGCCAUCUUCGGCUACUGCUUCGGCGAGGAACAGGGCUUCCUGCGCCAGGAGGGCUGGUAUCCUAACCAUCGGGAGGCGACACUCGCCGUUCUCAAGCCAGUCUUCUUCCUUCGGUUCUUUCCGGUCUUGGCCAAGUUGCAAGACUACGCAAUUCUGUUCGUCGACUACCUCCCUGAGGACGUCGCUCUCCUCCUCCGCUCGCUGAAGAUCACCGUUCCCGGCCUCGUCGCCAAGACCAAGGUAGAUCUAGACGCCGGGAUCCGUCAUGAGCGUCCAACUGUCUUCGUCUCGCUCCUGGAGUCCGAUCUAGACGCUGAUGAGAAGUCACUAGACAGACUUGCUGAAGAGGCCAUCACCGUCGUCAAUGCAGGCACCGAGACCACGAGCUGGGCACUGACCGUUAUCACCUUCCAUCUGCUGAGUAAGCCACAACUACUCUCGAGGCUAAGAAAAGAACUCGAAGAUGCUGUCGAGAAUCCGAACAACUUGCCUCCCUGGACUGUGCUCGAGAAGCUCCCGUACUUGGGUGCCGUGAUUCAGGAAGGUCUGCGCCUGUCGUACGGCGUAUCGGCCCGUACUGCGCGUGAGGCCACGCAAGAGGACCUGAUAUACCGCGGAGAAUUCAACAAGAAGCCGGUUGAGCUGCUGCUGCCACGGGGCUUCGCCAUCGGUAUGUCGGCGGCCAUCACGCACCACGACGAGAACAUUUUCCCGGAUUCCCACUCGUUCAUCCCCGAGCGCUGGCUGGACGAGAACAACCAGCGGAGGAAAGAGGUCGAGCGCGGCAUGAUGGCCUGGUCCAAAGGUAGCCGAGCAUGUCUUGGAAAGAAUCUCGCGCUUUGCGAACUUCAUCUGAGUCUUACGGCUUUAGUCCUACGUGUCAUCCCUCGCAUGACACUCUUCGAGACGACAGAAAGGGAUGUUAUUUACGAUCAUGACAUGUUCAUUCCGCGCCCUGUCGCGGACAGUAAAGGCGUGCGCGUCACUAUUGAAUAG